CUCUCUCUCUAUAUGUAUACAUAAAGAAGUAAUUUCUCGAGAGAAUCGAGAUUCAAACAGUGAGAGGAAGCGGGAGGGCUUGCUUGAUACAGGAAGAGAUGAGCAAGAAAAGAUCACGGUGGCGAAAACCCUAGAUUGGGACCUCGAUUUGUUAUGGAUCUCCUAAUGCUCUUCACGCCGGAGAUGACGCCGUCUUUUCUCUCCUCCUGCCGACGAAUAUGGCUUUUCAGGGUGGUCCGAUUACACAAAUUUCGUACUGGAACACCUCGCCCGGCGGCGGAGAUGGAGAGACCUAUACCGGAGGAGGAUCUCGGCCAUCGGAUCUUCGGUGGGAGUUGAAGGCUCUGGUUCUUCCGUCGAUUGACGCCAUGAAUUUCGGUCUGGGGAGGAUCAAAUUUCUAUGGCGGUGAUCUCACAACCUAGAAAUAUCUGGAAAGAUUAUGAUUUACCACUUGAGCAGAGAGAAUAAUUCCUCAAAUCCGGACUCUGUGUUUCACUAAACAAUGGCCCGUGGAUUGCACCUUAUAUGGAUGAUCUCCUAUGUACAUCUGAUUUGUUUGUCAAACCAACAAGAGAUCGAGUUUGCCUACCGUGGUUUUCAUGGAACUGAUCUUUAUCUUGACGGGUUUGCCAGGAUCCUCCGAAACGGGCUACUGCAGAUGACCAAUGGCUCGGAGCAGCAAAUGGGUCAUGUUUUCAUCAAGCAGCCACUUGUAUUCAAUUCAUCUGAAUCACUCAUUUUCUCAACACAUUUUGUAUGUGCGAUGGUUGAAAAGCCCGGAAAUGAUGGCGGCCAUGGGGUUGCCUUUGUUGUAUCUGCUUCCACGAAUCUCAGGAAUGCAACACCAGCACAGUACUUGGGCCUUCCUAACAUCUCAACAAAUGGAUCUUUCCCUUUUUUGGCUGUUGAGCUGGAUACUGCUUUCAGUCGAGAUCUUGACGACCCCGAUGGUAAUCAUGUGGGAAUUAAUGUGAACAGUCUACGGUCCAUUCUGACUGCUUCGGCUUCCUACUUUUCCAACACCGAAGGAGAGAACAAAAGCUUAACGCUCAAGAACGGAGAACCUAUCCAGGUCUGGGUGGAUUAUGAAGGAACUGUGCUAAACGUUUCACUGGCCCCUCGUAAAGUUCAGAAGCCAAGUCGGCCUCUUUUAUCAAGAUCCAUUAAUCUUUCAGAAAUUUUCCCACAGGGAAGACUGUUUAUCGGGCUCUCUGGAUCAACAGGGCAAUUGGUCAGUUACGAAUAUAUACUCGGGUGGAGUUUUAGCAGAAGCAGGGAACUAUUGCAGGGCCUAGACAUAUUGAAACUUCCUCAAGUUCCUCGUCCUAAAACCAAAUAUAAGAAGCCAUCUCCACCGCUGAUUGCCCUGCUCAUUUUGCUGGCAAUGAUUGGGUUAGCGGUUCUUGGAGGAGCUUAUUUCUACAGGAGAAACAAGUACGCAGAAGUACGAGAGGCAUGGGAAAAGGAGUAUGGUCCACAUCGAUUCUCCUACAAAUCGCUAUACAAAGCGACAAAGGGGUUCAACAAGGAUGGACUUCUGGGGAAAGGAGGCUUUGGAGAAGUCUACAAAGGAACUCUCCCUCUCAGCAGACAAAUAGCUGUUAAAAGAGUGUCCCACGACGCGGAGCAGGGCAUGAAGCAGUUUGUGGCUGAAAUUGUGAGUAUGGGUAGUUUGCAGCAUCGUAACUUGGUUCCACUUCUUGGGUAUUGCCGGAGAAAAGGUGAGUUACUUCUGGUCUACGAGUACAUGCCAAAUGGUAGUCUUGACCAAUACUUGUUUCACAACCAAAGACCGACCCUUUCUUGGUCUCAAAGGCUUGUGAUUAUCAAGGAUAUUGCCUCGACUCUCAGUUACUUACACUCGGGUGCAAACCAAGUUGUUCUACAUCGAGAUAUUAAAGCUUCUAACGUUAUGUUAGACAUAGAGUUCAAUGGAAGGCUCGGAGAUUUUGGUAUGGCCAGGUUGCACGACCCUGGAGCAAACCCUACUGCAACAGCUGCCGUAGGAACCAUAGGGUAUAUGGCAGCAGAGCUAAUAACAAUGGGAGCUUCCACUAGAACCGACGUGUAUGCCUUUGGAGCGUUCAUACUUGAAGUGACAUGUGGAAGGAGACCUGUGGAGCCUGGAAUGCUGACCGAGAAACGAUAUCUGGUCAAGUGGGUUUGUGAAUGCUGGAAAAGGGCUUCUUUACUCCAAGCUAGCGAUCCGAGAUUAGGAGGAGAAUUCUCAUCUGCAGAAGUUGAAAUGGUUCUGAAACUCGGGUUGCUCUGCACAAACGUUCUGCCAGAAUUCAGGCCUACCAUGGGACAUGUGGUGCAGUAUCUAAACUGGGAUCUACCAUUACCAGAUUUUUCGCCGUAUACUCCAGGAGUUCGAAGCAUCCUCCUCCUCUGCUUCCCCCAAUUCGAGGAGGCUGUCAGUACCAUCAAUCUCUCCAUCCUCGCUCAACAACUCCAUGUUUGUUACUCACUCAAUCAUGUACGGAGACGGAAGAUGAAAUCUUUGAACUCUCUUCAUAUUAAUGUUAUCAGCAAACAUAAUGCGAAUCUAAUCAGUUACAGCAGACUGUUUGUCCCUAGUAUUUGAACCAAGGCUAGUGACAUUGCACUUGCAGACUUGUAUUCCAAUGUGUUUGUGUUAUACUUCUGCUGCUCUUCAUGUAUGUGACUAGUGGCUGACAAAUUCGGCUAUAGUUCCUCUAUCUCCCCCUCCGCUUCUCUCUAUUUUGUGUAGAACAAUAAUUCCCGAGAGCCAUGAGAAUUGAUGAAUUCGGCUUGAUACCGGAAGAGAAGGAAGAAAUCACGAUGGUUUGGGACCCUAGCCUGAGCUUGAGAGUUCGCUCUCAACCUCCAAUUGCGGGAAGAAAAUUUGACUUCUCCCAUUGGAAAGACAUUGUCCUUGGCGCUGGAAGCGACGGAGUAGACGAGGAAUUCAGGUAUCUAUGCAUUUGUCUUGUAUUCUCGGGAUUAAGAGUAACACAGGUAAUGUUGAUUUUCAUGCUUUCUUGUCAGGUUCGGCAUAGGGGAUACUGGCGAGAUAGAUAGUCACUUUUGCAAUCUUAAUCCAUGGAAGAUACGUUAUGGGUUCUGCAGCACGUGUAAAGCUGAAUGGAAAUCCAAGUAGAUCAUCUGUUUUUGUAUCAACAGGGUAAGAGUUGAAGUGGUCAGGAACAAAAGACCUGGUCUUGUCUGGUCUAUUUCCAGAUUGCAUAUUCCAUCUUUGAUACGUUCGUCCUACGUUGAUGAAACUACAUUGGAUCAAAAUAUCAAUACUUGUUAGGAAAAUGGUAGAGAGGCUUUGUUCCCUUUGA